GGCGUGAGUUGUUGGGAUUGUCGAUAUCAAUAUAUUGAUUUUUAUGCAUUUCAAUUUAUGGUUUUCUGAGCGAUUGUUUCAAUAUAAUAUUUAACUUUCAGGUGCAUAAGAAUCAGACAAUCCUGAGAUGAGCUCAGAGGCACCAGAGCAGCCAACUGCUGAGGAUGUCUCCUUUGCUGACAUACUGGACCAACCGGAGGGGUCCAACCCGUCACCUGCGGAGAAGGUGAAGGAGGCUGCUGUGACAGAGGCUCCCUCCACAAAUGGAGAUGCCGCACCAGAGACAGAUGGCACUGUAGAACCUGCAGAGCCGAUGGAGGUGUCUGAAGGGGUGACAGGUGCUGCUGGUGAUGCAGGGGCCACCUCAGAUGAAGUGGCAGCUGCAGAAGAGACCAAGGUGGCUGAAGAAGUGCCUGUGGAUGCAGAAGCAGCACCAAUGGAUGAUGAAGCACCAGUCACUGAGAAUGCACCUGCUGCUGCUGAAGCUCCUGCUGCUGCUGAAGCUCCUGCUGCUGCUGAAGCUCCUGCUGCCAAUGAAACAGUUAGUGCUGAGGAAGCAUCGGCAGCCAAGACUAAAGAAAACUCUGCCCCAGAGAAAUCGAAAAUGCCUUCAGGGGAGACGGCAUCAGCUGAGGCUCCAGCUGAAGCUGCCAGCUCCACAUCCAAAGAAAGCUCAGAACCUGAGCCCUCUGCCAAAGAAAGUUCUGCACCAGAUUCUGCAACUAAAGAGGAUGCUCAGAUGGAGUCUGUCUCUGAAAAAGCUAAAACUGAAUCGAAACCCACUACAAAAUCGCCAGGACAAGUCGCUAAGCCAGCAUCCAAGCAAGCAGCAGAUACCAAGCCUAAAACAGCCUCGAAAAUCACCACUGCAGCUCCAAAGACUGAUGCUAAGCCCACCAAGACUGCUGCAGCAUCUGAUAACAAGUCGUCAGCGCGGAAGCUCCCGCCGGGCGCGGAGCCUAUUCGGGAGUUCAGCAAUAAGGCCAAGACGCCGGAGCCGGAGCUGACUGAGCUGGAGAAGCUGUGGAAGCCAGUGAAGCAGAACCCAGCCGACUUCACGGCCUGGACGCUGCUCAUUCAGUACGCGGAGAACCAGAUUCAGUAUGGACGACAAAGAAGCGUAGUAGUCGCAGCUUCCGUAAGCCAAAAACCACCAGGAAUCAGGUGAUGUUGUUUUGUCGAACACCUCUGAAUUUCUGAGAUAAAUUCAUUCUGGUAUUCAUCACAUUUUCUCGAAUGAGCCGUCAUCCACGUUUCCCCGUCACCCUCGCCCCACUGGACGCUGCGCCACGCGCGCGGCGCCGCUGCUUUGACCGGCAUGGGCGGCCAGUGUGUGGCGCUGACUGCUGAGCUGCGUGUUCGCAGUGUUUCAUGGAGGACAUUCGCAGCGUGCUGAAGGCGUUUCUGGCGCGGUACCCCUACUGCUACGGCUACUGGAAAAAGUACAGCGACCUGGAGAAGAAACGAGGCACGAUCGAGCUCUGUAAUGAGGUGUUUGAGGCCGGCCUGGCGGCGGUGCCUCUCAGUGUCGACCUGUGGCUUCAUUACCUGCACCACCUGCGGUCAGUGUAUGAAGACAAACCGGAGGUCGUGCGCGCCGGGUUCGAGCGGGCAGUGGCCGCCUGCGGCACAGAGUUCAGGUCGGACCGUCUCUGGGAGCAGUACGCCAGCUGGGAGGCAGCCAACAAGGAGCCGGUGAAGGCGCUGGCCGUCUACAAACGCGCCAUCGCCGUGCCGACGCUCUCAUACAGGACACACUUUGAAAACCUGGAGCAGUUUGUCGGCGAGACGCCGCCGCAGGAGCUGCUCACCGUGGAGGAGUUUCUGGAGGCGCGUCGCGCCGUGCUGGCCGAGCUGCGGGCCUCGGAGCCGGCGGCGGCGCCCCCUGCAGCCUCCACGGACCUGCUGCCGCCCGGCUGUGACGAGCCGCCGCCCGGCGUGCCCGCCCAGCCGGCGGGACUGAGCUCAGACGAGGAGUGUGUGAAGCUUCGCGCCAAAAUUCUGGCGCCACUGCGUCAGCUGCACAAGGACACGGAGAAGCAGGUCUCGCUCAGAUGGAACUUCGAGGAGGGGAUCAAGCGUCCGUACUUCCACGUGAAGCCUCUGGAGAAGGUGCAGCUGAAGAACUGGAAGGCCUACCUGGAGUUUGAGAUCGAGCAGGGCGACAAGCACCGCAUCCAUGUGCUGUUCGAGAGGUGCAUGAUCUCCUGCGCUCUCUAUGAGGAGUACUGGCUCAAGUAUGUGCGCUACCUGGAGUCUCUGGAGCCGUGCGACUGGGACGCGGUCCGCUCAGUGUACCGGCGCGCCUGCUGGACCCACCUGCCCGACAAGCCGGCCAUUCACCUCAUGUGGGCCACCUUCGAGGAGAAACAGGGUGACCUGGACGCCGCCGCCGAGGUGAUGCGGAGAAUCAGCGCCCAGGUCUCGAUGCUGGAGGUAACUCUGCGCAGCAUCAACCUGGCCCGGCGCGCCGGAAAGCUGGACGCCGCCGAACGGAUGUACGCCGAGGCGCUGAAGAGCACCGAGCACCGCGAGACGGCUGUCGUCAUCGCCGUCAAGUUCGCUCGCUUCCUGAAUAAGAUUCGCGGCAAUCGGGAGAAGGCUCUGGAGGUUCUGAAGGAGGCGAUCCGGCUCGACCAGACCAACAUGCGUCUGUACAUGCAGCUGGUUGACGUGGCCUUCCAGAGCCGACCGGUGGAUGUCGCCCUGGUCAAGGAGACCUUCCAGACGGCCCUGGAGGCGCCGUUCGAGCAGAAGGACAAGCUGACGCUGACACACCGGCGAAUGGAGUUCCUGGAGGAGUUCGAUACGGACGCAGAGAGCAUUCAGAAGGCGCACGAAGAAUACUACGGCCUGCUGAAGGUCGUCAAAGCCGAGGCCAAGAAGAAGAAGCAGGAGGAAGAGGCCGCCGCCGCCGCCUCCAAGGCGAAAACCCCCUCCGGGAAGCGGAGCGCCUCAACCUCUUCAAACGGGACGGACAAGAAGGCGCGCACGGACUCGACCUCGGGCGCCGGCAGCGGCACCCACAUCCCCACCAUCACCGAGACUCCGGCACGGGCCGCCAAGGCCGCCCCGACACCCUACCGCGGCGCCGCACCCGGCGCGCCGGGGUCCCAGUUCUCCCAGCCGCCCCCGGGGCCGCCGCAGGCCGCCUACCAGGGCUACAACCAGAUGCCCCCGCAGCAGCAGCAGCCGUACCAGUACCCGCCGGGCGGAUACCAGCAGCAGGGGGCGCCCGGCUGGACCGGCUACCCGCCCCAGUACAACUACAACCAGUACGGCCAGGGCUACCAGUAUCCCUACCAGUAGCGGUGACAUGCAUAAAGUCUGGUGUGAUUCUCGGCCAAUAGGUGGCUCUGUGGACGGUGAGGUUCAGUUUAUCAUCUUGGGACCGAUUUGAGGCGACCUGACAAGACGUUGAAGUGUUUUGUACGGGAGUGAUGUGAUGUACAGACCAUUUUUUGAAGUGAUGGGGUCGUGUGACAGCUGGGAUUUCAUUUGGCUGCGACAGAGCUGCGUUAGGUCCUCCUUGUGCUAUAAACGUGCGGAUCGACUCGUGGUGACUCCAUGGUCAUUCUGGGCCACCCGUACUAUCUCCCAUGGUGUGUGUCACUGGCCCGGGUAUUCGCCAUACGUCAGGGUUAUUCAUUUGAUCACCACACUUCUCGUGUUGAGCGCACGGGCGGUCAUCAAUAAACUGGUACUGAGUAUC